GCGAACAACGAAGAAAAUUUUCCACACGACAUUUUUCGCUUCGCUUUGAAACGUGGAGAAAUAAAUUUGCAAAAACAAAACUUUGAUAAAUGCACGGGAACGGCAAACGCAACAACGAAAGCAAUACCUUUAACAGUUUCAAAGUGAUUUUGGCAAACGGCGAAAGAAAAGUGAUAUAAAUCAACAAACGAGAAACGAAACUGCAGAUGUUAUAGGGUGGCUAGUUGAGGUGCCAGUUGGCAGUGUGCUGAGGGCCAGUGCGGCAGCCUGAGCCACAGCCAAAGAUAGCAACAGAACAGAAACCGAACCGAACCGAAAAAAGAAGGAAUCGAAGGUGGAGUUGAAGACGAAGUCGAAGUCGGUAAUUGCGAGCCAGAAUCAAGAUCAAGGAUGCCCGCUAGCCGCAACCGGCACAGGAACGGGCACAAUACAGCAGCAGCAGUAGAGUUAGAGCAAGCAAUAGAGUUCGAGAGAGAGAUAGAAGUAGUAGAAGACGUAGAAGUAGUUGUUGUUGUGGAGGAGGAAGGAUCUGCGGAAGUAGCGCUACUCACAAGGCAGCUCAUGUCAAUGUCGAAGUCAAAGUCGGAGUCAAAGUGAAAGCAUUUUACUGCAGACGACACUGGAGUCGAUGUGAAAGAAGGUUGUGCUAUAUCUAAAUAGUAAAUAAAGUAAAGUAAAGUAAAGUAAAGUAAAUAAAUAAUAAAUAACAAAACAUAAACAUAAGCAACAAAAGCAUAAAUACAAAUACAAAAUACAAAUACAAAUUCAACAAAGCAAAAAAGCAAACAAAGAGCAACAAAAGCCCAAAGGGUACAUGAUAUAAUAUAUACAAACACACACACACCCACACACACAUUGCAUAUAUAUAUAUAUAGUAGAUAUAUGUAUGAUGUAAGGCAUCUGGCAUCUACAGUCAUAAGUAGUUUAUAAAAUUUUAUCGAACGGUCCAAAACUGGCAAGUGGCAAAAGUGUGAGCGCGUAGCAAAAGCAAAAGCGGAGACACAAUGUCUGUGGACUUUAUACUGCCCAAUCGCAACAAGAUACAAACGAUUGCCUAUGCGAGCAAGAAGUAUGCGACGACGGCUGCCACAGAACUUCAGAGCUGGCGACGUCCCAAGCCAAAGCCAAAGGCGGCGGCGAAGCCUCGAGGUGGACACCAACAGCAGCAGCAGCAGCAGCAUGACAGCGAUAGCGCCAGCACUGCCAGCAAGCCGGUGGACGCAGACGAUGAUGUCACCGAAGACUUAAUAGCUGCAUUUAGAGUAUUCGAUCGUGAUGGGAAUGGUUUUAUAACGCGAGAUGAACUGCAGACCGCCAUGGAAAUGAUUGGCGAGCCCUUGAACGAACAGCAACUGGAGCAGCUGCUGGCAAUUGCCGAUUUGGAUCAGGAUGGUCGCAUUAAUUACGAGGAGUUUACGAGACUUUUGCUCUAAGUCCGCAAUUGAGUGCAAUUACAAAAAAAACCACACAAAACACAAAGAGAAUGGCGAAAUGUUUAACAAAUUCAACUUAAUUUAUAAGUGAUUACUAACAUACUCAGACAACAAAAUUGAAUGAAUGUUUUAUACAAAAAAAAAAAAGAAAAGAAAGAAAAACAUAAAUUUAUAUUAUUAGUUAUGUUAAGAACUUGGAAGGAAUUCGAAGGAACACAAGCACACACACACACACAUGCAUAAAUCUCACUUUGAGUUGAUCUUCAUCACACACACACACAUACACACACAAACACACAAAAUUAGUUUCUAAAUCAUGCGAAUUUUUGAAAUUCAUUUUUUUAUACGAAUUAAGUUCAUAUUUGGAGCAAGCUAUAAUUAAUGCAUAAAUUAUAUAGUUCGAUGUGAAAUCAUUACACACACACAUACAUACUUACAUAUAUAUAUGCAUAUUCGGAUAAGUCUGAGCGCGUGAGUGAUAUUGUGUUUAGGGUGCUGCAAAACAACAAAAACAGAGUAUGUAAAAAAAAGAAAUUUAAUUACUGCAUAUAUGUAAAACGAACGUAAAUUAGUUAAAAUGCUUGUGUUUUAAACAAUAACAACAAAAUCAAAAAAACAAAAAACAACAACAAAGCCACAAAAUGUUUCAAAUUUGCUAGCUUAAGCAUAUAAAAUAAAUGUUUACCAUUUAAAUAAGAAAUAAAUUUAUAAUAAAAAAAACCAAUUAUUUUAUUUCGACUUGGAAAAUACAUAUAUGAAAUGAUGAUAUAUGAAAUACACAAAACACACAUCAAGAAAUGCACAGAAAUCAUAAAAGUUAUAUUAAAUGUCGAGAAAUAUGAUUGUUAAACUAUUUAAAGAUAUAUGUAUAAAAAUAUAUAAACUAUUUAUUGGAAAAGCAAACAAUUAUCAAAAUGCAAUUGAAUUGCAAAAUCAAAUUGAAAAUCUCCAACAACAAAUGAAAAUAAACAAAACAAUUGUGGAAUUUUCGAAGCAUAUAAGAAGUAUAUAUUUUAUAAACAAAUUUUGAUUAAAAUAAAACAAUUAAAAUCAAUAUAUCAAAAUCUAUAUUACUACAGUCUAUUGUCUAGUCAUCUAAACUUCUUUCUUCCAUAAGUUUGCUUCCUUUAAGUUGAUUUCAUAAAAUAAAAUAAAAUAAAACACAAAAUAAAAAAAAUACCAAAAAUUCGAGUCCAUUGCAUCGCCGUCCCGGUACCAUUAGUUUAUAGCAGAUAUAAACAAAAUCGUAUUGUGGUUUCAAAUAUUUGAAACAUUUGCAGAGUUAACUCAACAAUAUACUUAUAUCCAUUUAUAUAAAAAGUGCUCUUGAUUGAUCGUCACAAAUCAAAAUAAAAUACCACAUAUUUAGCGAGAGAGAGAAAGGGAGAAGAAAUUCACUAGAUGACGCAAUAAUUCAUCAGGUCAAUGGUACAAAAUAAACAAA